GACUCAAUAAUCGGCGUUGCCUUCAAACCCUCCUGCUGUUGCUUAUUUGUGCGUUACUCUUUGCCAAAUAAUCGAUAUCAUCACAGACCAGACUGUUGUGCCAUGACGACCAACAUCACGACGAUAGAGGUGCAGUCCAACAUGUCACAAACGGGAAAUGACACGGACAAGAAACAACAGAAAUGUGAGGACUCUGACAAAGAGUUCAGUGAGCUGGGUCAUCUAAAGGAACACGUGAGAACUCACAUUGGUGAGAAACCGUACAGGUGUGAGGAGUGUGGCAAAGGGUUCAGUCAUCUGAAGGGACUGCGGCUACAUAUGAAGAUACACACUGGUAUAAACGUGUACCACUGUGAAGACUGUGGUAGGCAGUUCAGUUGGCUGGCACAUCUGAAGAAACACGCCCUAACCCACACAAGGGAGAAGUCUUACAAAUGCGAGGAGUGUGGCAAAGGGUUCAGUCAGCUGAAGGGACUGCGGCUACAUAUGAAGAUACAGACUGGUAUAAACGCGUACCACUGUGAAGACUGUGGUAGGCAGUUCAGUUGGCUGACACAUCUGAAGAAACACGCCCUAACCCACACAAGGGAGAAGUCUUACAAGUGCGAGGAGUGCGGCAAACAGUUUGGUCAUCCAGGUACUCCACGCUCGUCCCCAGCGCCCGUGGAGAAGCCGUAGGUUAUAGAUCGUGGCUUAGCCCAGG